ACAUGGAUGGACUCGCGCUUUGAGGGAUGAAAGGUCAUUUUUCUCUUGAACCCUUUCCGCUGCUUUUGUGAUCUGCGAACAAUCGAGCUGAUUUUCAACUCCCCAGCAGGCGAUGAUGCGCCAGGUGACCAGCAGUGACCUCUGCAUGAGCGACAGGCCGUCGUGCCUGGUGGAGGACGAACACCACACCACCGCCCACUUUGACCUGUGCACCUCACAGGCCAACGAGUUCUACCCUCCUCCGCCACCGAUGUCCCCUCAGAGGACACUGACGCCCAUGGCCUUGCCCAGCCAGGACGUGCUCGGGGGCGACCCGCACGCACCGGGGAAAUUACCCGGCGUCAAAGUUGAAGAUCAAGCGCCGGACGAGCCCAAGAAGAAGAAGAAGACGGCAGGGAAGACGGGCAGACGCGGGAGGCCUUUAGGGACCACAAAGCUGGCCGGGUAUGGAAUCAGCACGGGACGACCCCUCGGUACCACCAGAGCCGCCGGGUUCAAGGCGAGUCCCGGACGACCUGUGGGUUCGACCAGAGCCGCGGGCUACAAGCAGGCGAUGAUGCGCCAGGUGACCAGCAGUGACCUCUGCAUGAGCGACAGGCCGUCGUGCCUGGUGGAGGACGAACACCACACCACCGCCCACUUUGACCUGUGCACCUCACAGGCCAACGAGUUCUACCCUCCUCCGCCACCGAUGUCCCCUCAGAGGACACUGACACCCAUGGCCUUGCCCAGCCAGGACGUGCUCGGGGGCGACCCGCACACACCGGGGAAAUUACCGGGUGUCAAAGUUGAAGAUCAAGCGCCGGACGAGCCCAAGAAGAAGAAGAAGACGACAGGGAAGACGGGCAGACGCGGGAGGCCUUUGGGGACCACAAAGCUGGCCGGGUACGGAAUCAGCACGGGACGACCCCUCGGUACCACCAGAGCCGCCGGGUUCAAGGCGAGUCCUGGACGACCUGUGGGUUCGACCAGAGCCGCGGGCUACAAGACGAUGAUGCGCCAGGUGACCAGCAGUGACUUCUGCAUGAGCGGCAGGCCAUCGUGCCUGGCGGAGGACGGACACCACACCACCGCCCACUUUGACCUGUGCACCUCGCAGGCCAACAAGUUCUACCCUCCUCCGCCGCCGACCUCCCUUCAGAUGACACUGACGCCCAUGGCCUUGCCCAGCCAGAGCCACAAGUCCAUGGUGUGUCAGAGACAGGACGUGCUCGGGGGCGACCCGCGCGCACCGGGGAAAAUACCUGGUGUCAAAGAUGCCGAUCAAGCGCCGGACGACCCCAAGAAGAAGAACAAGGGGACGGGGAAGACGGGCAGACGUGGGAGGCCUUUGGGGACCACAAAGCUGGCCGGGUAUAGAACCAGCACGGGGCGACCCCUCGGUACCACCAGAGCCGCCGGGUUCAAGACAAGUCCCGGACGACCUCUGGGUACGACCAGAGCCGCGGGCUACAAGGUGAGUCCAGGGCGGCCCCCGGGCAGCAUCAAGGGCCUCUCUCGCCUCAACAAACUGGCUUACGGUAGCACCUGCAGUGGAGCCGCUUUCCCAUAUCCACUGCCACCACACAAAGAAAUUCUCUGUGAACCUUCCUGCAAAGAGAAGACGACUAAUGAGUGAAGGCGCCCCCCCCCCAUUUCUACUCGCCCCUCCGUACUGUAUGUGGAAUAAGAGAUGCAUGUGUACGAGUUUCCUGCCAGAUACUUGGAAGGUUUGUUGACUGUAAUCUUUUCCAGUCUCCCCCCGAGAGGAGAUGAUUUUCUAUGAAUCGUGUUGGUGUCAUCUGUGUGCCUGCCACCUGAUAUAAUACUGUUACAUUUUCAGAGCUACUGCUGGAGAUCUAUAGUCUGUGAAGAGUUCAGCGACUCACUGCUGUGUUGUUGUCUUUGGGGGGCGUGUGUGUGUGUGUGUGGGGGGGAAAUGUUCAUCACUGAGCAAGGGGCUUUGAUCUUAGUUCGACAUUUAAAUUUGCAUUUUUGAAACAUUCCUUUCACCGAACAUUGUUGCGAUGCGUCACACGUGUCAACUGGGAUGUGGAACUGCUUUUGAGAUUUUAGGGGAACACCUGGGGGGGGGGUUCAGUGCCUUGCUCAGUGGCACGUCUCUAAUAGAUGUAAAGAUAACCAGAAAUCUUGACAUGUCUAAUCCUGACAAACUCUGGCUCUAAAGGUCACCUGACAAAAAUGUCCACAUGUGAUUUGCACGCAAAUGUUUUAUCAAAAGCGGCAGAAAUUCAACCUGACCUAAAAAAUAUUGCCCAAAAAUGCACAUAAAUAAUUUUUCAAGAAACUGUGGAAAAGUUCAAAGCCUCUACUCACUGAUGGACUUGACAUUAAAACGGGGGGAAUCUGUUCUUCAGUUAGUACAAAACAAUGACACAUAUUAUUGUCCAUCCCUGUUUGUACCACACAUUUGUUUUUCAAAUCACACGGUAAUUGAUAUAUGAUCAGCCAAAAUAAUAAGACGACAAAUCUAAGAUAGAAAACCUUUGUUUUAUUUGAUUUGAUUAAAAGUAUUGAAGGUCAACCCAAUCAUCCUCAAAUAUGACUUGAAAUCUUUUGUUAUGCUUAUUAUUUAAUUAUAUUUGUUUGAAGACACCAACAUCAGGUCACUUUGUACUCUUGUCUGCAGUUUACGGCGUCGUAAUCUUGCUCCGUCCAAACCACUACUUCCGCUCAUACAGAACACUCGUAAAAGUCCUGUUUUUCUCUCUGGUAAUGUUAUUUAUUCUAUGACAUGUUGUUUUUUGCCAUGUCUGGGGACCACUGCUCCUUUAGAUGAAUCAGAAGCAAAGAUGAUUUUCAUCCUGUUCUUGUCAAAAUAGACGACACAAGGGAAAUACUUUUUUACGACCACAAAUCAUCAUUUGUCAUUAAUCAAUUUGUCAAAAUGACAUGCCUUGUGUUACAAUUGUUUUCAAGAUUUCUAUUUAUUAUUAUAAUAAUUAUUAUUUUUAUUAUUUUAAAGUACAUACAUUUGGCUUUUUGGGAACCUGUUGUUUCUGUGAAAUGUUGAUGUAACUUGAAAUGAUUUAAGUUAAGUUUAAGAAAGAGUUGAACAAACCUUUUGAACCCGUCAUAAAAGCAUCAUCUUUACUACUGUAUUAUAUUUAAUUUUUCAAAUUAAACAGUGUUAAAUUUGCCUCCACAGAACAUUUGAGGGAGUACAGACCCAGAAGGUGAAGACAUGUUGUUGACAUUUGGUGCAAUAAUCUGUUUGUGUCUCUUGUAUUGUGGAAAACUUUGAUACUAUCACUUUUUAUUAUCGUAGUAUUUUGAUACUGGUGUAUUUAGGCCUUUUAUGACUCGUUCUGUUGAUGUAUGUGGUGUGAACACAGGUCACUGAAAUGUCACAUUAAAAAUAUUCACCUUUAACCAAAGAAUAAGACGUUAUCUAACUUUUAGAUAUUUGUUCUAUUUGAUUUUAACAAAAAAAUCUCACAAAAAUUUUUGGAGACCACUGUCGCAUAGAAAAAGGUCGUAUGAUUGUUUUGGAUUAAUGAAAACCUGUGAAUUCAUUAUUGCAUCUUUAUUGUAAAUUGUAAACAUUGACGAUGAUCCAUCUCUUAUUCUAUAUUUUAAAAAAAACAACAACAUUAUUGUAGCUACUUUUUUUUAAGUUGAUCUGAUCAUUUUUUCUUCUGACAUCCAUGUUUUAUUUUAAUUAGUAAGUUAAGUAUCAUCGAGCCUAAAUGGGAAAAACAUGCUGGGAGGAUAGAUAACAGUUUAUGGUGGUUUAAUUCUAUUUAGUUGCUUCACAUUAGGUCCUGGUUGUGCAUACAACACUUUUAGAACUAAUCUGCUGUGAAUUUUCUUUUCUGUAUCGUCUUUAUUUUUGUUCAUUUGCUGAAAGACAUCACAGUAAACGAUAAAAGGAUUUCAAACAUUUUUUUCAACACAAAGACUCACUUUGGUUUAAUUAUUUAUUUUUAUUUCACGUUAUCAAGUUAAACUGUAGUAUUUCAAGUUAAAUCAACAACAGUUACAAAAGCACAGUUAUUAAUUGUUUAUUUUCUCUCACCGUCUUCAGUGAAAACAUCUGAUGUCUGUAGAUGAUGAUUUAAAAAAAAAAGAAAAUAUUACCUCACAUUUUGUGUGUUUUUGAGACGAUGUGAAAAGCUCAGUUAUUCCAAACGUGUGACUGGCGAAAACCCUGUAAAGAUUUGUAUAAUUAUUAUUAUUGUUAUUAUUAUGUUAUUCCUGCAUGAUUGUUGUGGAAUGUUCAAAAGUGUCAUAAUAAAUCUGAAAGUUAAA